CCUUCAGUUUGAAAAAUAAUUUCGACGAAGGCGGUUCCCACGCGGGUGAUUUACCGGAUAACAGAGUAUCUGCGCUCCUUGCGAUACAAAUUUACGUAAAAUUCGCUGGCCAAUUGGAGUGCGCGAGCUGGCCCAAAAAGUUAAGAGGUAGUUAAAAGUUUCGGGCCAUAAAACACAAUUAGAAGUGCAAACGAAAAGAAAACAAGUUAUAUCUGGAUCAAAUUCAAACAGAGAACGUGCUGCUGCUCUAAAGAUUUUAUUGGCCCUUUGUGUGCGUGUAAUUGCCAAUUGCCUUGAUUGAUAACCGUUGACAGCGACUUUCGCACCCCCGCCGAAUAAAUUCGCAAUUACAUAUAUUAAAAGCCAAGGGCUUCCGGAAAGUGUGACCAAAGUGCGCUAGAAUUCAAUAAGUGAAGAAGAAGAAGAAGAAGAAGAGGAAGUCGGGGACUCAUCCCCACUUUUUUACGCUUUGCCAAGCGUGCAAAUUUGCGGAAUUUUCAAUUAAAAUUACCACAUCAAUACAAUUAAAAAGACGCUUGCACAGUGCAAAUCAAGCAAUCAUAAUAAAGGAUUAAUGAGCCCGACAGAAUUUGCGUGGCAUAAAUUAAAGAGUGUUUGCGUAGAAGGUAGAAGCAUCGGUGCUGCAAUUAUUUAUCUCUUAAAAGAACGAUGUUAUAAUUGCCAUCAGGCAGCCAGGCAGACAGACUCCCACUGGAGGACACUUCAUCUACAGCCAGAGCCCCUUCAGUUGCCAAGAUGUGCAGCAACAAAUGGUGGUAACAUUUUCGCACCAUAAACGGGACAACAAAUAAUUAUCGAGCCGAGAGGAAGCACCCACAAGUAGUCGACACAAAAUGGCUGACCACACACAGGCCACAAGUGCAGGAGUGACCACGACAACAAGGAGCAGGCCAUGGCUGAGUGGAGCCAUUCCCGUGCUGCUCCUCCUCCUCAGCCUUGUGACCCUGCCCCCGGAGUGCUCCGCCUUCUGCCCCUCGAAGUGCCAGUGCCUGGGUGGCGAGGCCAACAGUCGGGCACUGUGCGUGGACGCCGCUCUGGAGGACGUGCCCAUCCAACUGAAUCCGGAAACCAAAUACAUCAACCUCACGGUGAACCGGAUACGCAACUUGGAGUUCUCGCUGCCCUUCUACAUGAAGCUGGAGAUCCUGGAUCUCUCGCAGAACAUCAUCGAGACGCUGGGCUCGAAGAACUUCGAGUACCAAUCGGAGCUGCGAACCCUGAACCUGAGCAGGAAUUUGGUUAGCUCCCUGCACAAGCACGCCUUCAAGGGGCUGACCAAUCUGCUGCUGCUGGACCUCAGCUUCAACCGCAUCGAGACAGUGCAUCCCACGGCCCUCAGCGAUCUGGCCUCCCUGGUGGAACUGGAUUUGACGAAUAACAAUAUUGUCAGCCUGGAGGACAACUCCUUCAAGGGCAUGAGCACCCUGGAGGUGCUGGUAUUCCGGAACAAUCGGCUGCUGGACGUUCCGGCCAGCAAUCUGUGGCAUCUGCACGCCCUCAAGAGCCUGGAUAUGUCCCUGAAUCUGGUUGAGUUUGUGCGGAACGACAGUUUCGAGGGACUAAAGGAGCUGCUGGCACUCAGCUUGCAGGGCAAUGUGAUGAGCGAGCUGGACCUGAGUGCCUUCGAGGGACUAAUUUCUUUAAAACACUUGGAUCUGGCAGAUAACAAUCUGACGAUGGUGCCCACCCAGCAGCUCUCCAAACUUUCGAACCUCACCUAUUUGAACCUGGGUGGAAAUCGUUUUUCCCAACUGCCGGCCGUCGCCUUUCUCAACUUGUUUCAUUUGCGCGAAUUGCAUUUGAGCCGACUCGACUAUUUGCAGCGCAUCGAUUCGAGAGCCUUUGUGGACAACACCCACCUGCAGACGCUGCACCUGAACAACAAUCCGCAGCUGAGCGACAUCCCGAUGCGCCUGUUCCAGGGCAACCCCAACAUCCUGGAGGUCUACAUGCAGAGCAACAGCCUGCAGACGCUCUACUCUGCCCAGUUCCCGGUGGACCAGUUGCAGAAGCUGUAUCUGGGGGACAAUCCGCUGCAGUGCAACUGUUCGCUGCUGUGGCUCUGGCGCCUGGUCACCGGCAACUUCGAGGGAGUGGAUCCGGCCCUGGAGCACGCUGCCGGCGGGGCAGUGGCUGCCCUGGCCAAGGAGGCCGACGAGGAGGAGCAGGCAGACGAGGCCACCGCAGUGGCAUCCACGGACGACGGGGUGGCCGCCCUGGCCGCCUACAUAGCCGAGCAGCACAUAGCCAACGCCCUGCACACCACCGAGCCCAGUGCCUACGAGCUGGCCACCUCCGCCUCGAACAGGAACGCGGGCAUCCUCAGCCUGGACCGCCGCCAGAUCGGCUGCGACAUCUGGCGGGACAAGGUGCGGACGCGGCGGCAGCUGCUGGCGAUGAGCGAGGGCGAGAUCACCUGCCCCGCCCACAUCGUGACCGUGGUCUGUGCGGUGAUCACCUGCCUGCUGGUGGUCAUGAUCGGCGUCAGCGUGCUCUACUACCUGCGAUUCGUCAAACGGCGCCGGAAGUUGCUGCACGAACGCGGUCCCCUCCGGACCAGCAAGAGCAUCAUCAACGUGCACGACCGCAUCCUGCAGGGUCACAAUCCCGGCGGCCUAGGCCUGGGCAUGGGCAUGGGCAUGGGCAUGAGCAUGACCCUGGGCGGCGGCAACCAUGUGGGCGGGCUGGGCAUGACCCUAAACUAUCCGCACCAUGCUCAGACGCUGCAGGCCCACCAUCACUACCACCAGGCCAUGCCCUUGCAGUCGCACGGCGGCAAUGGCGGCACCGGCGGCCACGAGUACCAGCAGACGACCCUGCCCCAGCUGGACAAGCUUGAGCUGGAGCGCUACCUGGCGGCCCAGACCAUUGCCAACGAGUAUCGCGCUUUGAAGCCCUGGGAACUGCCCGUCAAGGAGGCGGACGACGAGCCGGAGCACCUGUACGAGCGGUUCGAUCACUACGAGUACCCCGACACCCACACCAUGAGCAAGCUGAAACAGGCGGCGGCCUUGAACCACAACCACUCCACCCCCUCGGCCGGACCCUCUCCCGUGCCGCCGUCGGCGGCAAAACCGCACGUGGUCUACGUAUGACGUGGGCGUGGCCAGGGCGAGCGGGGAUCCCAGAUGAACGUGGACAUGCAAAUGGAAAUGGAAAUGGAAAUGGUCGCCUUGAACCACCACCACCAACACCACCACCACAACAAUAACAACAACUACCGGGGCUGUGUACAGAGCGCCAAGGCCAGUGGCCAGUUCUGAGUUGGCUAAAAUCGAGGGGGUUACUCAAGCAAAAACAGGGAAAGUGAGAGGUUAGGCUUAAGGCGAAAUUUAGGGAGGAUAGAGGCACAAAUCGAUGUGUUUUUAGGAGGACAUUUCGAUGGGGGGUUAAGCAAACUAUGGGUUGUGAUUGAAGCAGAACAGCUAUUGAAGAAAAUCUGAGAACUCGAUUAGUAACGAAAAAAUCCUAGAUCACUAAUUCAUCGAAAUUACCUCCUGAAUACACCCUUUGUGCUCUAGGUUGGAUUAUAUUUUUUUUUUCGAGUAAAAACAACAAAGUUUAACAAGCGUCAAAUGAAACAAGGGAUAUGUCUACGUGUAAAACAAACAUACAAAUACUCUUAAUGAACUACGGAUAACAGAUAUAUUAGAUAUGUACACUAACCGCUAGACUAAGAGAAGAAUACGAUUUCAAAGAAACCUUUUUGCUGGCCCCAAACUAAGCUAAGCUGCAUUCAAGUCUCACUCACUUUUCUCUCCCACUCAUAGUUAAAAUGGCAUUUAGCAUUCGAAUACUCUAGAUAGCUCCUAGUGAAUAAGCAACAUACAAGUGAAUUUAAAAACAUAUAUAUAAAUAUAUAUUAGGUGUAGCGAAAAAGGAGGGUGCAAGCUAAAGAAGUUUCUUUGUUUGUCUUUAUUUGAUUAACAAAAUUACUGAACUUGUCUUUAGCGCUUGGGUUAUGUGGAGAAAAGACAACCACUUUGGCAGACAAAUAACCUAAUGGGGACCAAAUAGUCCAGUCCAGUCCAGCCUAGAACUAACUGAAUGAAUUCAACUGCCAAAGGGGUCAUUUUCACAUCCAUUAGCCCGCUGAACCGUGUUCCCAAGUUUCCUAACUUUAGCAAACAUCUCGAAUGACAAUAUACAAAAUAUUAAGCGGAAAACUUAAAAAUUAAAUUAUAACAUCUAUAUUAACGUAUCUUAGUGAGCCAGAACUCAAAGUUGAAGUAAUAAUAAAUAUAAUUUGUAAAUAUCCCUAAAUUCUAAAGCAUUUAUCAAAGUGUUGGUACGUUUACUGUAAAUAAUUUAUGGAAUGCAUUUAAAAACUUUAGUCAAAUGCAUAGAAUGUUAAUUAAGAAUAAAUGAUUUCCAAAAAGCAAUAACUCAGAAUCAAAGCUCGUUAGUUGUUAUAUUUCGGUUGAGUUUGAUUUGCGAAUAAUUAUUUGAUUUGAUGCGACAACAGUAAAGCAAAGAGCGAACAAAACUAACCGGUAUUUGCAUAAAAUAGCCACACAAAGCACACAAAAAGCCAGUGUAUAAAAAUAUUUAUAAAUAAAAAGUACGAGUAUUUGCGUGUAUACUAAACAAGCAAAAUCAAAAAGCAGACGAGCAAUGCACGAAAUGCAUUUAGAAAACAAACGAAAAUAAAAUCUGAAUAUAAAUAAAAACCAGUUUGUGUAUAGAAUGAGCAAAGAGAGCAAGGGAAAGGCAAAUAGAAGCCAUGCAACAGUAAGUUUAAAUCUAAUAAUAAUAUGAUAUACGCAAAAAUAAUUAAUUAAAUGAUAGACACACCCACAGCAACAACAACAAAAAAUGUUAUUUCUUAUACGAAGACUGAAGAAAAUGAUGAAGCAAAAUAAAAAGAAACAAGAAAUUAAAA